AUUGCAAACCAGAAAAGGUACCCGAUUUUAUUUCAGAUAUAUCAUUAUCAUUUAGAAACAGACGUGAUAGUGAUUUACGAUUACUAAACAUACCAUGUGUCAAUACUGUCAGUUUGUUGUUUGGCAAGUAUAAUUGUUCCAAUGAUUGCAAAUCAGAAAAGGCACCCGAUUCUAUUUUAGAUAUGUCAUUGUCCCCUAGAUCUAGAUGUGUAAGUGAUGUAAGCUUACUAAACGUGCCAGUUGCCAGCACUGUCAGUGUAUUGUUAUACAACCAUAAUAUAUCCAAUGAUUGCAAACCAGAAAAGGUACCCGAUUUUAUUUCAGAUAUAUUAUUAUCAUAUAGAUACAGACCUGUUAGUGAAUUAAGAUUACUAAACAUACC